AACUAAUCAAGUUAGUAAUUUAGAAAAAAGGUUAUCAUGAUGUUAUUUGCUGAUUUGUUGAACAUUGGAAUUUGGCCUUAAGAAGAACAAAUACAAGAGGAAUUUCUUAUUCAAUUCGUUAUCGCUAACUUUAAGUUUCGGCAAUAUUUAAAAUAUAUCAUUUGUAUUUUUUUUUAAAAUCUUUCUAUUUUAUUCAAUUUUGAUAGAUCCUAUUCUUUCCUUCACGCAUCGAAUUAAUAGAAUUCUUAUCAACAUUAUAUGAUUUUAUUAAUUAUAAUUAUAUAUAUUUUAUGAUUUUAUUAACUUAUUUUUUAGUAUAAUUUAAUUAUUAAAAAUAAUAAUAAUAAAAUUAAUAAUAGAAUUAAAUUAAAAAAUAAUAUUAAUAAUAAUAGGAUUAAUUAAUAAAAAUAUUUAUUUUAAUUCAAGAUUUAAAAAGCAGAAAGUAUAAAUAAUACUUUUUUUUUUCAAUAUGAAGUUUAAAAUUUAUAUGUAAUAUAAAUGUCUAUAAUAAUAAUAUGUGAAUAUUGUACAUUAACUAUUGUACAUUUAGUGGUGAAUGUAAUUUUAUUAGCAUCUUUUAUAAAAAGAAAGAUUAUUACAUAAUACAACAUUAAUAACUAAAAAUUAUUUUUUUAUUUUAUUUUAUUUAUCUUUAAAAUUUAAGCAUUUUUUUUGUUACUUAAUAAAACUUUUUUAUAAAAAUAAUAAAUAUCUGAUAUUAUCUCAUUAAAAAAUUAAAAACUAUUUUAAGAAGAAUUAACCUUAAUAAAAAAUCAUAAACAAUAUAAAAAAAUUUGAAUUUCAAAUAAUAAUUAAUAGUUUACAUAUGUUAUUAUAACUAUUAUAACUAUGAAUGAAUAAUAAUCACUAUAUUAACAUUUAUAAUUACGAUAAAUAUUAAAUGUAUAUAUAAUAACAUAUAAAUAUAAUUUAUAUAAUAUACAUUCAUAAUGAAAGUUAUUACACAUUGUAAUACAUUAUUGUGUUCUAAUUUAUGUUAUAAAUAUUAUUACAAUAAAUUUUCGACUCAGUUAUCAGAUUUUCCAAAAACUUUUAAUCGUAAAAAAAUAGAGCAUGAAUGGUAUUAUAUUUGGGAAAAAAAUGAUUAUUUUGCUCUUAAAAAUAAUAAGAAAGUAACAUUGAAAAUGCUUCUACCUCCUCCUAAUAUAACAGGAACAUUGCAUUUGGGACAUGCAUUAACUGUUACUAUUCAAGAUAUAUUAGCAAGAUGGUAUAGGAUGAAAGGACAUUCUGUAAUAUGGAUACCAGGUUUUGAUCAUGCUGGAAUUGCUACUCAAAUGAUGGUAGAAAAAUAUCUUUUUAAAACCAAAGGUAUUAAUAAAUCAGAUAUAGGGAAAGAUAAAUUUCUUUCAUAUAUUUGGCAAUGGAAAAAUGAAAAGGAAAAUAUUAUAAAAUCUCAAUUAAAAGCUUUAGGUGCUAGUUUGGAUUGGUCUAGAGAAUAUUUUACAAUGAGUAAGAAACAUAAUAAUGCUGUGGUAGAAGCGAUUGUUACAUUAAAUAAUCGAAAUUUAUUAUAUAGGAAAAAAGAUUUGAUUAAUUGGUCUCCUACUUUAAGUAGUACAAUAUCGGAUAUUGAAGUUGAACAUUUAUAUGUUACUAAAAAAACACAGCUUCAAGUUCCAGGAUAUGAAAAAAUGAUUACAUUUGGUGAAAUAGCACAUAUAGCUUAUCCUGUGAAAGAUUCAAAACAUGAAAUAAUAGUGGCAACUACUAGACCAGAAACUCUUUUUGGAGAUGUAGCAAUUGCUGUUCAUCCAGAUGAUGAAAGAUAUGCAAAAUAUAUUGGUCAACAAGUCUGGCAUACUUUAAGACAAACAUAUAUACCUAUUAUUUCUGAUUAUUUAGUUGAUAAACAAUUUGGAACAGGUGCAAUAAAAGUAACACCUGCACAUGAUCCUUUAGAUUAUAAGAUUGCAAUGAAUCAUCAAUUAGAAAUUAUUGAAGUUAUUGAUGAAUAUGGAAAUAUAACAAAAGCAGGCAAACAAUUUGAAGGUUUACCAAGAUUUAUUGUUCGAGAAAAAAUUUUAAAUGAAUUAUCAAAUAAAGGUAUUUUAAAAAGUAUUAGUGACCAUAAUAUGUGUAUACCAUUGUGUUCGAGAACUCAUGAUGUUGUAGAAUAUUUACUCAAAGAGCAAUGGUUUAUUAAAUGUAAAGAUAUGGCUCAAAAAGCUAUAAAAGCAGUAAAACAAGGUCAUUUAAAAAUAAUACCUAAUACUCAAGAAACAUUGUGGUAUGAUUAUCUUAAUAAUAUCAGAGAUUGGUGUAUUUCAAGACAAAUAUGGUGGGGACAUUCUAUUCCCGCAUAUUAUAUUACAAUAGAAGGUAAAAUUGAGUGGAUAAUUGCUCGCACUGAAAAUGAUGCAAAAAUUAUUGUACAAAAUAAAUAUGGAUCAGAUAUUAAAUUAUAUAAAGAUGAAGAUGUAUUAGAUACAUGGUUUUCUUCUGCAAUACUUCCUUUUGCUAUAAUGGGAUGGCCAGAGAAAACUGAAGAUUUAAAAAAAUAUUAUCCUUUAACAUUAAUGGAAACAGGAAGAGAUAUUCUUUUUUUUUGGGUUGCAAGAAUGGUAAUGCUAGGAUUGGAAUUAACUAAUUGUCUACCUUUUGAUGAAGUUUUAUUGCAUGGUCUUUUAUGUGAUGCUUAUGGAAAGAAAAUGUCUAAAACACUUGGAAAUAUUGUUUCUCCAGAAAAUAUCAUCAAUGGUAUUAGCUUAAAUGAUCUUACUGAACAAAUGAAAAAAAGUUAUAAUAUAGGUAUUCUUAAUGAAACUAUAUUGAAACGGAUGUUAAAUGCAAAUAAUAAACUAUUUCCUAAUGGUAUACCAGAAUGUGGUGCAGAUGCAUUGCGUAUGACAUUAUCUAGUUACAAUAUUAAAAAUCAACACAUCAACUUUAAUAUUAUGGAAUGUCAAACAAACAAAUAUUUUUUAAAUAAAAUUUGGCAAGCAAGCAAAUACAUCUUACUUAUGACAAACGAAAAAAUAUAUCAAAAACCUAUAAAUAUAACAAUUAUUGAUCAAUGGAUUUUAAGCAGAUUAUCUCUAAUGAUUAAUACAAUUAAUAAUGCAUUUAUAGAACGAGAUUUCCACAAAGUUAUUGCAUCAAUGAAACAAUUUUUAUAUUAUGAAUUUUGUGAUUUUUAUUUGGAAGGAAGUAAAUGGGGAUUUAAAAGUGAAAAUAUAAAUACACAUAUAAGUCACACAUAUGUCUUAAGAAAGUGUUUAGAAGUGUUUUUACGUGCAUCUGCACCUAUAAUACCAUAUCUGUGUGAUGAUUUGUAUAAAAGAUUGUCAAAUAUAUUUCCGGAAUUUUUACCAGUUUCGUCAUUAAUGGAAGCACAUUAUCCAAUACCAGAAGAAUUUAAUGAAUGGAGAAAUGUUCCUCUAGAUGGAAAAAUAAAUGAAAUCUUAAAAAUUAUAUUAGAAAUUAGAAGUAUCAUGGGUAAUAUUAAUAAGAAAUUAAAUUUAGAAAUUCACAUUAUAAUUAGUAAAUCUGAAGAUUUUAAUUUUUAUAAUGAUGUCAUCAAUUUGAUUAAAGGUGGAUGCAAAAUAUUCAAUAUUUUUAUAUUUUUAGAAAAGAAUUAUAUAGAAUAUAAAAAUAGCGUUUGUCAUUCUUAUAGUCCUACUUGUACAAUAUCUAUUGUCAUAGAGGAUCUUUCUAUUUUAAAAGAACUUGAAAAGAAAAUUUUAAAUAAAACAAUUACACAAAAUAAUUAAAAUUAAACAAUAUAAAUAAAAUAAAACAAAAUAAAACAAAUUUAAUUCAAAUAAAUUAUAUAUGAAAUAAUAUAUAAUUAUAUGAAAUAUAUAUUAAAUUUGAUAUAUCAGUUCUGCUAAAAAAAUAGAUGACUGAAGGUGGAUAAUAUACAAGAUUAUUGUUUGCAUUGUUUGCAUUUUAUUUUUUUAUUUUAAACUAGUCCGAACAUAUUCUAUAAUAUAAUAUAUAAUGUAAUGUAAAAAUUUAAUGUGAAAAAUAUGUUUUAUAUAAAAAAAUUAUUUCUUUAGGAAUCAUUAAAACAAUGUUAUAUCCUUUA